UGAAUGUGAAAACGUGCUUCACUCAAAGGUCUGAUAAAAGUUAGAUCGUGUGCAUUAAUACGACGUGAUAGUUGACGUCACUCCUUUGACUUUCGGAUCAUGAUUCUCUCUGAUUGGCUGCUUCACAGUCGCGUGCAAAAUGAGUUCUGAGGUCUGCCCUUUCUGUGGGAAAACAUACAAAAGGCUGAAAAGUCAUCUGCCACACUGCAAGGCGGCGGGGAGCUCCGAAACACCUCCAGCCAAACGCGAUGUCGCAGCAAAGCAGACAUCGUCCUCCUCGCAGUUGGCCGCCGCCGCCGCAGCCGCCACCUCGUCCCAACCGAAAGCGGGGGAGGAAAAGUCAACGCACACACUCCCAGUGACAGCAAGUCCGCAGUCAAAGAAGGGCACAAAGAUUUCUUCUGUAUCGUCGUCAGUCCCGGCGAGCGCGUCAUCUUUAUCGCCGUCAACGCCCCCGAGUUCGGUAUUAGCUUCAUCGCCAACGAAGAAGAAGAAGAAAGAAAAGCUGUCGGAUCAAAUCAAGACGGCUAAGACAGUCUCCUCUACCUCGCUCGGCUCCUCCCCGUCACCGCCUCCACCUUCCAACGUCUCUGAGCCCAAAAGAAAGAGUCUCCGCGCUUUGAUCGAGGCCGCGAAGUCCAAACGGGUUUCUGUAGGAUCAGGGGAGGGGACCAGAUCCGCAUCGGACGACCUGCCUUCAGCGUCAGCUCCACCUGGGACAGAUUCUCUAAACUCUCUAAACAUACAGACAGAAACCGAAACAAAUCUGGACGAAGACACUCGCCAUCCUGUGUUUUUAUCUCAGGGCUCCAAACCCAAAGUGAAGGCGACGAGGACAAAGAAAGCCACACCAUCUCCUCUUCCAAUCAACGAAACCUCUCCGGACUCUGAAGUAAAUGACCGUGCUGCGAAAUCCCGCUUAAGCGGCGGAUUAUGGGUAGAAACUGAUGUGGGAGGUUCAGAUUUAUCCGUGAGUGAGAUGUUCUCAAAAUCAGAAAGCAGUCCGCGGGUUAGGAUUACGCUCCGGGAUGUUAAAGCCACUCUGGGCCGCGCCAACAACCGUCCGCACGACAGGCCGAGCGUCCUGAGCCAGAUUCGAGCCGGUGAUCUGAGCGGCGGAAUCAGACCUGCACUUCCGACGGGAAGCGAAGAAGGCAACUUGGUUUCAACUCAAACUCCUUCGAACGAGCUUUCGAGCAACAGUUCUCGAAGUACAGAGCGACAGUCAGCUACAACGAGAAGUUCAGAGUCUACAGAAGCAACUUCAACCCCUCUACGGCACCGUGUUUCCCCUCAGCCUGGACUCCCCGAGGCUUCCGUUCUUUCUGGCUAUCUGUCGUCGCAGGUGAACAAAGCCACGCCCCCUCUGCCUGCGGUCAGGGCGAGUGAGGCGUUGAAGGCGGGCCGGCGCCACACAGGACUCCUCCCUCAACCCCCCUCGCUCGCUCACGCUUUACGUCUUCCUCCGCAAACUCUGCCGGCGAGGGAGGAGACGUUAAGAUUCGGUGACGGGCCACAGCUGGAGGUCAGGAGGCAAAAAAACACUGCCGGAAAUGGAGCAAAAGGUGCUCUGACAGAGCGAGGUCUGGGACAGGUGAGACUGAGGGAGCUACCUGAGUGGCUGGCUUGCAAAACUCCCAGCCAUCCCAGAGAUGUGGUGCACAUGGUGCAAAGAGGCUGGCAGUGGUAUUACAAGAGGUACAUUGAUGUGAGGAAAGGUGGCGUAGGUGGAGUGGGCAUGUUGUUAGCAGGAUACUGUGUGCUCAGCUACAUCUGGAGUUACCCUCAUAUAAAACGUGAUCGCUGGAGGAAGCACCACUGAAGCCAGGAGAAGAUGAUUGUACAAGAGAGACUCUGAGUGAGAGAACAGCAGCAACAUUUUCUUCACUUCAAGGUUUAUUACAUAUAAUUUAUUCAGAUCUGAACUAUUCCAGAGGUUUGAUUGAUCAUUUUCAAUACAACAUGUCAAAGAUUCAUAGCCAAUGAGAUACCGCCUGCAAUAGAAUGAGAUGAAGUUUCAUACCUGUUACCUGGGAGUUACUUCCAGCAGCUGGUUAGCUCAGCAUGAGGUCCAAACUGGAGGGCGCUGAAAAGCUCACCUGGCCCGAGUCAGAUGCUGACAAAUCCCGCAACCGAGUGCUUCAAAAGUCUUGUUGCGUUUUCUUUAUUAAAAUCGGGCAAAACCUCAGGUGUUAAUGUGAUCACUUACCUUUUAAAAGUGAUGGUCUCCCACGCUGUGAGGGUGCAGACUUGAACAGGCAACUCGGGAAGAUUUCAGGAGCAGCCUGUCCAGAAAUGUUCUAGACAUUUUCAGGAGUGGAUGUGUGAAAAUGUUUUUUUUUUUUUUUUUAAACUGCUGGGUGUAGCCUUAUUUGGGGCAGAUUUUCAUGUAUGGCAUUAAUCAUCCAGUUGAAUUCUUCAUCAGAUAAUGAACUAGUUUCCCAAAGAGUUGAAAUAUUCCUUGACUAUGAUGACAGCAGUUUAAUACUGAAGUGAUUUGCACAUUUUAGGGCAUUUAAAAUGACAUGCUGUAGUCAUUGUAUUGCAUCUUGUGUGCAUUACUUUUUACUUUCAAGUAGUUUAUUCACAUAUAUAUAUAUAUUUUUUGUUCUAUCUUAUAUAAGGACUGAAAAAGGUUAACCAGGGAACCACUGAAAAGGACUAAUUUGGUCAUCAUAGGGCGUGUAUGACAGUCCCGCUGUGUUUCCCAGGAGCUCCACUAGGUGUCACUGUUUUCUUGUGUUACUACAAAUCGAAGGGGCUGGGCAGUCAAAAUGUUUGCUAUGCAGAGUUUGCUUUGCUGCUUUGUGCAGAGGCUCUGGAGCCCGGGUGCACGAGGGGAUUAAAGGGAAACCAAAGAGAUUUUUAAACUCGAUAAAAAUCGUACUCAGGCAGCCUGAAUGUAACGAAACGUGAAAGUAAAAAAAAUGUCCUAACAUUAAAAUCAGUGAGAAAAAAAUGUUAUCUGUGUAGCAGAGGGUUACAAAUCCUGUUUUGUUUUGCAAAAGCUUCCUCUGUCACAUGAUGUCAUUAUGCAUGCUCAGUCUGCCAGUGCGAGUAUGUGAGCACUCACAGAAUAGUAAUGGAGGGACACUGAAGGAGGUUUUUUUUUUCAGCUGGGACUGGACCAGUGUGUGAUUGUAUUCAAAAUGAAUUUAUUGUUGACUCUCCUUGCUGCUGUAGUGAACACACACAUUAGCUACAAAUGAAGAAAUGACAGUAUUUUUUGUAACAACUUGUUUUUGUUUUUUUUCCUGAUGCCGCUCCUCAGCCAACACAAUAAAAAAUAAUUUGCA